AUGGCGACGGUCGCGGCGCGCGCGACGCGCGAGUUCGACCUGAUCGUCUACGGCGCCAACGGGUUCACGGGCGCGCUCGCGGUGGAUUACCUCGCGCGCAAGUACCCGCACCUGUCGAUCGCCAUCGCGGGACGCGACGCGGCGAAAAUACGCGCGCGCGCGGACGCGACGCGCGAUGCGCGCGGGGUGACGUUCCCGACCGUCGUCGCGCGCGACGCGGCGAGUCGCGAGGCGAUGGUGCGGCGCGCGCGGACGGUGCUGACGUUCGCGGGGCCGUACGACGCGGACGCGGCGCGCGCGCUCGCGGCGAGCUGCGCGGACGCGGGGACGGAUUACUGCGACAUCACGGGGGAGCCGCAGUUCGUCAGGGACGUGGUGGAGACGUGUCACGAGAGGGCGAAGGCGAGGGGGUGCGCGCUGGUGUCGUGCGUGGGGUACGAUAGCGUGCCGUGGGAUCUGGGAACGGCGUUGGCGAGCGAGGCGACGAUGAAGCGCGGCGGCGCGGCGGAGAUCGACGUCGCGAGAGGACACGCGGGACGAUCGAGGGGAGGCGUGUCGGGAGGGACGAUCGCGAGCGCGGCGAACGUCGUGGCGAAGCCGAAGAGCGAGACGCGCGGGAUGGGGGAUCCGCAUUUCUUCGCGAAGUGCGCGGGGGGGUGGGCGGAUAAACCGGACGUCGAAGCGGCGAAGCGAUGGCCGUCGCCGCAGGGGACGUGGGCGUUCGACGAGGACACGAAGCGAUGGACGAUGCCGAGCAUCAUGGCGGGGAUAAACGCGAAAGUCGUCGCGCGGUCGUACGCGCUGAAUCCGGAGCGCUAUGGGAAGAACUUUAGGUACGACGAAUCCGAUUUGUGCGCGUCGAAAAAGAACGCGAUUCUCGGCACGUUGACGUUGGGCGCGUUCGGCGCGGCGUUCGUCGUGCCUCCGCUGCGCUGGCUCAUGCGAAAGACGAUACUCCCGAAACAAGGCGAAGGUCCGAGCGAAGAUACGCGCGAGAACGGAUUUUCGCACGUCUACGUCGUGGCGAACGGUAGAGACGCAAAGGGCGAGGCGGUCGAUUCGUAUUGCUGCGAGUUCGAGUUCAUCAAGGCUGAUCCGGGUUAUAAAGGCACCGCGGCGCUCGCGUGCGAAGCCGCGCUUUGCCUGGCCAUUCCCGAAGAGCGCGCGCGUUUGGAUUUCGCGAAAGAGGGAAGCGGUGGUUGCUUCACGCCGAGCGCGUGCAUGGGCCACGUCUUGAUGGAACGACUGAACAACGCGGAAAACUUCUCCGUCAAGGUCCAAAAGUUGAAGGACACCGUCUUCUUGGUUUAA